UAGACCUGGGCACGUCCAUUUGAAUCAUUAUGUCAUGAACGAUCUUAACAUAUGCAUAUGCGUCUAGAUCUAAAUAUUCUGACUCGGAUUCGGUACGCAACAGAAGGGCCCCAUUUUCAUAGGGUCGAGUGCUAUAUCGAUGGCGUACUCGUUGCGCAACACGUUCACUAGCACCAGAUCACCAAUCUGAUGCGUAAAAUGCCACUGUAAAACUAGUUUCACUUAACCCGGCUAUCUUGUCAUGUCUUCCAACGAACUCAAGAAUAUCUUAGACGACUUGAGCAAAGGGUCUUUCGAUUCUGUAGCCCAAGCCACCCUCUUUGCUUUGAGGGAUAGCUGUACCUUUCCCCAGGUCUAUCAAAUCACAGUCGCGCUCUAUGGUGUCGUAGAUGCAGUUCAUCUCCAGCAAGUCAAGCGCGGCCUCAUCACUGAGCCCGCGCAGCAAGCUUUGGCUUUGCGGGGCCUAGCAUCCUUUAUGCCAUUCUGGCUUGGCCGCUCCGUCUACACUGCCAGAAUGGUUAACACGCUCUCUACUCGCUGGCCUAUCAUCCGGGAAUGGCUGCUUUUCUUCGGGUCAGAUUAUGUGUACAAAGAAAGCGUCGAAAAAAACAUGCGUAUCCUCGCCAAGCGAGCGAUCGUCGACUUCCUAGGCAUCUGCAGGGAUGAUACGCUUGGGGACAUGCUUCCCACUAUCAUCUCUAGUCCCGGAAUCGUAUCCCUGUUGUUUGGUAUGUGGGACUUGGAAACAAGGGAUCGUCUUUUCAGCACUUGCGUGCAAGACGACAGCGUCCCUGGUCCUCCUCCGAUGAUUCGCACUUCAGCCAUUCUGGACUCCUGGAUGUGUACGUUUUCUGAGAAGGAGAGCUGGAAUUGGCAUGAAAUCAUGCGCCCAUUCAACAAUGACGGAGCAAGAAUCGCUGCCACGGCUCUUGAUCAUCUGGAGCACGACCUUGCACAGCACCCCAUUGAUUACGACUUGAUCAUCUGGGAUAUCCACCUCCUGACUUCCCUUUCCGUAAACAAUUCAAUUCGCAUUCCGUUGCUUAUGCAACACUCAAUUCAAAAAGCAGCAGGCGUUAUUACCAUCAUGGUAUCCCAGCGGCCCCCCAUCAAGCAGCGCCGCUUAGUUGCCAAGGCUAUUUCGUACGCCUGUUGGUACAUCAGGGCGUACGUGGAAGAGACAGACGGCAUACCCUGGAUUUGUGAGGUCUUGGAGGCGGGCCUGCUGCCCUCGCUGCUAGCGGUCGAGCCCUGGCUAAAACAACUCAAGGAUGAUAACAACGAAGACUGGGAGCCACUCUGGCUCCUUCUCUCAAACAUUUUCCCCAAGUAUGCGAUUUUUCGUUCCGUACUUAAAGUGAUGGGUCGGUCCAUCAAGGCCCUCAACGUCUCUAAGCCGGUGGAUAGGCUGAAGACGGAUAGUCCACUGCACAAAUAUUGGCACACAUUGGAGGGAUUCGUAAUGGAACGACUUAGCUUGUUGGAGACUGAUGACGUUGAUGAGGCACAUGUCGACUCUUGUCAAAGCUCGAAGUGCAAUAGAUCCGGACCAGCAGGCACCUACAAGCGCUGCGCUGGUUGCCUUCACGUGCAUUACUGCAGCAGGGAGUGUCAGAUUUAUGAUUGGAAACAAGGCGGCCAUCAAACGUAUUGUCGCGGGAUACAAGCUCGCCGAGCCAAAGGAAUCAUGUCCCGUAUUUCCACUCGUGAUCUCCGUUUUCUCGAUCGCGUCAUUGCGUCUGAUCUCUCGUAUCACAACGAGCAAAUCUCCAGGGCAGCGGUAAAGUAUGCUCCGGAGCCCGCUGUCGUCGAGAUUGAUUAUACCUGCAUCCCUUUCCGCAUCGGUGUCGGUUCUACGGCAUCGCUCCCUGUGCCAGACACCUGCAAAUGCGACAAGCUGAUGCAGCAAAAAUGGGAUACCAUGGUGGAGCUGGCAUUGAACAGCAAAACGCCUGGGCAGAAGCUUCUGAUUCGCGCCUUCAUUCCAUGCGGAUCUGCGCCGAAAGUGAAGUUGCAGUUGAUCCCAAUCAAACGCAUCCUCCCCGGUUAUGACCCGAGCCAGGACCAAGAUCCUGCCGAAGCUGGUGAUACUUUUGAUCACUUGUAUUCUUGCGCCGGGAUUUCUUUCACCAUCAUUGACCAAUCAUACCCUGUGGAGACUCUUAAGCUCAUGAGCAAGGAGAUGGACAUGUUAGCCAUCGGAGGAAAGGAGGAUACCACUGAUCCGGGUCAGUCGGCUUGAAGGGUCUUGGAUACUCUUGUAGAUAGCACAUAGGAAAUCAUGUAUCUCACACUAGCAUUUACUCACUUUGAUUCCUUCCAUCA